AUGACGUUGUGUGUGCCAGUAACAAUCCGAAUGCAAAGUUUAAAAUCGUUGAGGUACCGUACACCAAGCAUUUACAUGAGAGCUGUACCCGUGCAUUCUGAUGUAUACCACCGAUUCUCCCUGGAAGAGGUACCGCUCAUAUUCAAAUACAUAUUUAUGAAUUUGGAUGACGAUGAGAGACUGUCUUUCAAUCUGUGCAUGACUUUCCAGGCUGAUAUGCUAUUAUUUUCGGCUUUGAGAAUGGCAGAUGAAUGCGACGAUGAUCUUCGUACCGAAAAUGUAGCAGUUCAUGGCAGCAACUUCAACAAAGCUUUGAUAAAGUUUCGCGAAAGUGCGAAUCGAAAUGUUGUAUUGCACUUGAUGAGGGAAUCAAGACAGGUCGCCAGAAUAUUCGGCAGCAGCAGAGCAGAAUGCACUUACAAUGGCACAGUGCAGAUAAACGAUCUGAAUGUAGGAUACCUGUUCGAGUGCUGUGAUGUACGUGCGUCUUAUCUGCGUGAUAUUCAGAGCUCUUCCAUAAAAAGCUAG